ACAGAAGAAUCGAUCUUGUCAUAUUGGUCUUUAGAAUUAUAACAAAGUCCCACAGAAAACGAGUCAUAUGGGUGUUUUAAGGGACUGAACGUCUUUAUUGCAGUUCACUCGACGAUUCCUACAGGGCACAAGCCAUAUUGGUGUUCUUAAUGUCAUAAAUGUUUUAGAUGCUCUUCAACAUCUGUCCAGCUUCAGAGGACAUCAGGCAAGUCGGUGUUCUGAAAGUGACAAUGUCUUUACAGCCCAUGUAUACAUAAGGAGUCAUUUCAAAAGCUAUUGUUUGAAAUGUGACAAAAGGUUUUACCAUGAAGACAAAACAUAUCAAACACCAGCAGGUUCACACUGUAGAGAAGCCAUAUCAUUGUUCUGAAUGUGAUAAAGCUUUUUUAUACAAGUCACAUCUUUUCGUACACCAGAAGAUUCACACUGGAGAGAAACCAUUUCAGUGUUCUGAAUGUGACAAAGCUUUUACAUCGAACGCAGAUCUGAUCAGACACCAGAGGGUUCACACUGGAGAGAAGCCAUAUCAGUGUUCUGAAUGUGACAAAACUUUUAAAUUUAAGGAAGGCCUUAAUGUACAUGAGAGGAUUCACACAGGAGAGAAACAAUUUCAGUGUUCCAAAUGUGAAAAAUCUUUUCUACAGAAGGUACAGCUUAUCCAUCAUGAGUGGGUUCACACUGGAGAGAAACCAUAUCAAUGUUCUGAAUGUGACAAAGCUUUUAUAAGAAAAUCAGGUCUUAUCAGACAUAAGAUGAUUCACACUGGUGAGAAGCCGUAUGAGUGUUCUGAAUGUGAUAAAGCUUUCCACUUGAAGGCUAAUCUUCUCUCACACCAGAAGAUUCACACUGGUGAGAAGCCGUAUCAGUGUUCUGAAUGUGAUAAAGCUUUCCACUUGAAGGCUAAUCUUCUCUCACACCAGAAGAUUCACACUGGUGAGAAGCCGUAUCAGUGUUCUGAAUGUGAUAAAGCUUUUGCAUUUAAGAAAAGCCUUAUCCAACACCAGAGGAUUCACACGGGAGAGAAGCUGUAUCAGUGUUCAGAAUGUGGGAAAGCUUUUGCAACCAAGCCACAGCUUAUCAAACACCAGAGGAUUCACACUGGAGAGAAGCCGUAUCAGUGUUCUGAAUGUGGUAAAGCUUUUGCACUGAAGGCAGUCCUUAUCAAUCACCAGAGGAUUCACAUUGGAGAGAAGCCAUAUAAAUGUUCGGUAUGUGGUAAAGCUUUUAGACAUACUCAAAGCCUUAUCACACACCAGAAAGUUCACACAGGAGAGAAGCCACAUCAGUGUUCUGUAUGUAACAUGACCUUUGCAUUGAACUCAGAGCUUACCAUUCACCAGAUACUUCACACUGGAGAGAGGCCAUAUCAUUGUUCUGAAUGUGAUAAAGCUUUUACACAUAAGUCAAAGCUUUUCAGACACCAGAAGAUUCACACUGGAGAGAAGCCGUUUCAGUGUUCAGAAUGCGACAAAGCUUUUCAAGUAAAAUCAAGGCUUAUCAUGCAUGAGAUGAUUCACACUGGAGAGAAGCCAUAUCAGUGUUCUGAAUGUGACAAAGCUUUUCCCUGCAAGAAGGUGUUUAUCAGACACCAGAGGAUUCACGCAGGAGAGAAGCCUUAUCAAUGCUCUGAGUGUGACAAAGCUUUUACAAUGCAGCCAGAAUUUAUCAGACACAAGAUGGUUCACACUGGAGAGAAGCCUUAUCAAUGUUCUGAGUGUGGUAAAGAAUUUGCACGUAAGGAAAGCCUUGUCCGACACCAGAUAGUUCACACUGGAGAGAAGCAAUUUCAAUGCUCAGAAUGUGAUAAAGCUUUUAAACAUAAGGAAAGCUUUGUUGUACACCAGAAGGCUCACAAGGGAGAGAAUCCAUAUCGGUGUACAGAAUGUGGCAAAGCUUUUACAGUGAAAAAAGAUCUCAUCAGACAUCAAAGGACUCACACUGGAGAGAAGCCUUAUGAGUGUACUGAAUGUGAUAAAGCUUUUAGUCAGAAGAUAGGUCUUAUCAGACACCAGAGGGUCCACACUGGAGAGAAGCCAGAAUGAGACAAAGCUUUUACAAUUAAUGCAGAGGGGUAAGCCACAAUAUAAGUGUUGCAGGUAUCUCUUUAGUUUCACACCCCAUUUCAUCCCACAAACUAGUGGAAAAAGCAUAACCCUACUUUAAAAACUAAACUAAACUGAGCAAAUCGGAAUGUAAUAGAUUGAUUCUAUUGAGAUUAGUGCUUAUCACCAUCUGCAUACGCAUAUAAAGUCUGUGAACAUUUUACCUUUUGAUAAUUUUUCCCAUAAAAGCACCAAUAACUGAACGGUGUUUCCUCACAAUUCUCAUAUUAUGCAUUUUUAUCCUUCACUAACUGAGUUGUGUUCCCAAUUGCCUUAUCAUUGCCAAAUCCUGAGCUCAUGCAAUAACAACACUCCGUACCAGAGACUAGUGGUCAAGUGGCAUCUUUCCAAGCCUUUAGGCUGGAUUCACUUCUAUGCAUUUUUAGUGCAUUUUGCAGAUUUGCUCUACCAUCCAUUUACCACGGUUUCCUAUGGAACUGUUGUGCAAAUCUGCAAAAAGCACUAAAAAUGCAUAAACGAUUUGUGGGACACAGCUGAUCAAAUCACGACACCACAUCCCAUGUUAAAUAGAAAAACAGAUGGGACUUUUAAGGUGUCAAAUUGAAUAAAUCACAUGAACAUAAUAA